CUUCCUGUUUGCAAGUCAUAUGACCAAAUUGAAGUGGUAUGAUCGUGAUGUGUAUUGUGGAAACUGCACGAACAGACAAAGCACCGGGACACCGUGUUCAGUGGGAACUCCUCUGCUGAAUAUGUUCUGGAUGAUGUCCGCUGACUAGUGUGUGGUGACCCACAUAUCAUGCACCUACCAGCCUCACCUUCAGCUGAGCCCCUCCCUCAAACAUCAUGGAUCGUGACCAACAGCCCAGCCCUCUCCCCCAUCCCAGUACAGAGUACUUCUCUUGGGACUACCGCCUUCACCUUAUUGGCCUAGGCUUUGGCUUCUAUGCAGGGAUAUUCCUCCUCUCCCACCUCCUGUCUGUGGCCUUUUCCAGCACCUACAAGUCCCUGAUAGCUAAGGAGAAGGUCUUCUGGAACCUGGCUGCAACUCGGGGAGCCUUUGGCAUCCAGAGCACUGUAGUGGGUCUCAGGUGCCUGACUGAGGACUCAGCAUUAACCAGAGACAAAGUGAGAGGACAGGAAGACUGGUCCUGGUUCAACGUCCUCACAGCCACAGGCUUCUUUGUGUUUGAGAAUAUAGCUCUUCAUGCUUCCAGUGUGGCGUUUCGGUCAUUUGAUCUGCCACUGGCGACACACCACUUAUUUGCCCUGUCAGGGUACGCAGGAGCGGUAGUGUGUGAUUCAGUGGGCCACUUCCUGCCGAUGGUUACACUGCUGCUGGAGAUGAGCACGCCUUUCACAUGUAUAUCCUGGAUGUUACUGAAGGCUGGCUGGGCUCGCACCCUGCUUUGGAGAGCCAACCAGUGGGUGAUGAUCCACACUUUCCACUGUCGCAUGGUGCUCACAUACCACAUGUGGUGGGUAACUUUUACCCACUGGAGCGACCUCAGAACCCAUAUGGCCACGCCCUUACUCCUCCUCUUCUUCAUCGGCCUCGCUCUGCUCACGUGCGUCCUCAACCCCAUCUGGACACACAAGAAGACCAUGCAGCUGCUCAACCCUGUGGACUGGAACUUUGGAAACAAGCCGGCCCUUGGAAAUGGCGCCAUGGAGGGUCGCUCUGAAGCUCCUGUCAAACCCCACGCCAGUUAAUGGGCACCACCGAGGAUAUUUUCUGAAGAUACCAUAUUUUUUCCGUUUCGAGUGAUGUGUGAAGUUACUUUGAGAGCGGCGAGAGCUUGAUGGAUUGUUGUUUAGUAAAGCUUUUGUGGGAGCAAUUUCAGUAUUGCAAAGCACAAAGUCAACAAUGUAAGUUGAAUUUAACAUCUGAGGAUGGACCUUCAGUCAAGCAAGUGAGCCCAGAACAAAAUACACAAGACAGGUUUUUUUGAUAGUGCAGUGAUAGUAUAUUUCUCAUUAUGUCUAAGCAAGCACCGACAGAAUCUUUUCAAAACAACUGAGUAAUUCAGGACAUCAUUAUGUCUCUUGACCUUUGGUGAAACACCAGCAGUUCCUUACAAUAUUUGCAAAUGAUUAUGAAAAAGACAGCUUUCCAAUCUGGAAAUGUAUCAUCAAUUACUUUUGUGAUUUGAAAGGCCCCUACAGUUUAACCAUGUCUGGAACUAUUUUGUUAAACGUUGCUACAUUGUUUUCCCUCGGGCUUUACUUUGUUGUUGGAUUAUUUUUGAUAAGAUGUCAUUAGGUUUGGUUAUAUGGGGCAGUAGGAAAGGACCCUGCUAGUUUACUUUAUCAACUUCAGAACACUGGGUUGGAAAAUAUCCAGUUUACAACUGAUGUUAUUGAUUAUUUAUUUACAAUAAAAUAAUCAUGACACCUUUUUACAAGAGCCAUGCAGGAGCACAACCUUACAAAUUGAAGCUUGUUUUUUAAUACAUCGCCCUUUGGUGCUGAUUUGGCAGAGUAGGAAAGAACAUUAGUUACGUUUAAACAAUGGGGUUCUCUAGGCUACUCGCUGCAGCUAUUACAUACUAAGUGGACAAUUGGAUCAGUCCAUUUACUGGUGCUUCUGCACUGGGAGUCCUCCCUCAGAAGAGAGGGAAAUAUUUACCGCCUUUUGAAGGACUGGCCCACUCCAUUUUUUUGUUCAAAAUUUAGAUUUGAUGUUGAAAUGCAUGACCGGUGUUAAGGAUUAGCUAAUGUUGAUCCUGAUCUUUUUUGGGGGCAUUUUGCAUCAAGAAAAGUGUUAUUUCUACUUAUGCAAAAUAAGAAUUCGGGAAGAUGUUUUUGUUUUUCACACAAUAGCCUCAUUGUACUGGGAUCCUUGGCAUGGUGUGUUCGGAUUGUCCAUUGUCGUAUCUCUGGCAUCAGAAGCUUCGUUUGGUUCACUCAAAACAGCAAACGGGUCCUCUACAUUUCUCACAAUUUUGUCAGAGGCCCCACUCUAGCUCAUAUGUACGUUUGUUUAUACUCGGAAGAAUUAUAGAUGUAGAGGAAACUUCUGUGUAGCUAUGCAGUGGGAGUCACCGACUCAGGAAGGAGACACAGUAGGAGCAGUAGCUUUGAUGUCAAACACAUGAUGGUUUAUUUGGAGUUAACGGCCGGAGGAUUCACAUCACAAGUCCAAGAGUCAGAGGUUCUGACUUCACGGUAGAGUUGCCACGUCAAUUCUGAAGAACUCUACCCCAGUAUUUAGCUAGUUCAGAGAGCAUCAUCAACAUGCUGCAUAACAAGAUAGAAUGAUAACACCUCUAUCAGCUGACGCCAACAGGCAGGAACAGGGAGACAAAACACUGAGAGCACAGCAGCCAAGGUUACAGGUGCCUGUGCUCAGUCAGGACAGUUUGAACUGAUACACUGGGUCAAAGUUAUGGGCCUUGGAAAAUAUUCCACAACAAUAGACAUAUAAUGUUUACCCUAAGUAUGAAUCUAUGUUCAAAAGUAACAGCUUUACAGUAUUAAGCAACAUUUGAGUUGAACCUGAGAAGUAUGAAGCUGAGUUUAGCUCGUCAAAAUGAUCCAAAUGUCUGUAAUCUGCCUCAGGACGAUGGAGAGGAAGCUACACAUUCUAUCCUUUUUAAUGGAGUGUUUUGUACAUGUGAUCUUACUAUAUUAUUACUAAAACAUUACUAAUAUCGAAGAGUGUUUGAUUUUCACUCCACCUUUUCAUUUGUUGUGAAAUAAUAUCAUUAACAUUAUGAGAUGGGUGGAGGAUUUCCUGGGAGCUCUAAGUUUUAACAUCCUGUCUGUUGGGAAAUGCAAUAACAUGAGUUAAUUUGAGUGACAAAAUAAAUGGUUGGCUCUCAAACAGCA